CCCCGCCACACGCACGCCGCGCGCGCCCGCCCGCCCGGCUCCUGGUUGCUAUAAAGGGAAGGCGGGCUGUGAGCACUUGAAGCUUAGUACCGCCCUUUGCAUCCACUUUCAUCGCUUCUUGCUGUCGUUCGUCAGACCUCAGCCGCCAAAAUGGUGAAGCAGAUCGAGAGCAAGUUGGCUUUUGAGGAAGCCUUGCGCAGUGCAGGAAAUCAGCUCGUAGUCGUUGACUUCUCAGCCACGUGGUGUGGGCCUUGCAAAAUGAUCAAGCCGUUCUUUCAUUCCCUGUCUGAAAAGUAUUCCAAUGUCGUGUUCCUUGAAGUAGAUGUGGAUGACUGUCAGGAUGUUGCUUCAGAGUGUGAAGUCAAAUGCAUGCCAACCUUCCAAUUUUUUAAAAAUGGACAAAAGGUGGGUGAAUUUUCUGGAGCUAAUAAGGAAAAACUUGAAUCCACCAUCAAUGAAUUAAUCUAAUUAUGUUUUCUGAAAACAUAACCAGUCAUUGGCUCUUUAAAACUUAUAAUUUUUUUUUUAUUUACAAAAGAAAAAAUCAAGUCGAAAAUUAUGUUCAAUUGCCAUCCAAUUAUAAAUGAGAAUAAAAUAUUAAUUCUACUGUUUUUAAAA